AUGGCCGCCGACAUCACCACCUUUUACAGCGAGGUCAUUGGGCUGCCGGCCUUUUACGUGGUGGUGCACUUCAUCCUCGUGGCCGCGGCGUCCACCUUUGUGGGCGGCGCGACGCGGUGUACUGGCAAUGCCACCGGCCCUAUCGAUCACCACCACCACCACCAGCAACAGCAACGACAGGCUGGUGGUAACUGCACGACGGCGCCGCCGUUUGUGCGUAUCACCGUCGACCACAUCGCGCGGCGCAUCAACGGCACCGAGCCGGCCUCGUACCGGCGGUCGGCGGGCCGGAUCGACGCCGUCAUCCGGCCGCACCUGGCCGGCAGGGGCUACGACUACGAGUUCCACAUCGACGAGACGGAGCGCCUGCUCUGGCGCGUCAACGGGCUCGAGGCGCCGGCGCCGGGGAGCGAGGGGGAGAGGAUCUGGAAGGAGAAGGGUAGGCCCAUGCCGCUUGGGGAGGAUGUGGGCGGCGUGCGGUCGACAGGUGAUGAAUGCAGAGGGUAUCAUGUUCUUGUCAUGGCUAUUCAAAACUGGAUCGCGUUGAACAUGCUGUGGUCCUGGACCGGUUAG